UUGUGCAAUAAAAUGCAAUAAUAAUUUGCAGAUUAUUUUUUUCUCUGGCUCUGGCAACAGCGCUGCCUCUCUAUUUUGCCACCGAUUUUGCUGUGGUGACGAUGGCAAUAUGUCAAACACUAGCAAAUACAAAAAAGAAGACGAAAUAUAAUCCUAACCUUAACACCGGAAAAUAACGUUUGUUUAUAAUUUAUCAAUAGACAAAUUAAAAUAAUGUUUUACCACAUAUCUCUAGAACACGAAAUCCUACUACAUCCACAAUAUUUCGGACCACAACUGUUAGAAAAAGUCAAAACUAAACUGUAUACCGAAGUUGAAGGAACUUGCACAGGAAAGUAUGGAUUUGUGAUUGCAGUAACCACUAUAGAUAGCAUAGGUGCCGGUUUGAUACUACCCGGACAAGGCUUUGUAGUCUACCCGGUGAAAUAUAAAGCCAUUGUGUUCCGUCCAUUCAAAGGUGAAGUCCUGGAUGCGGUGGUUCGACAAGUCAACAAAGUUGGCAUGUUCGCCGAAAUAGGUCCUUUAUCUUGUUUCAUUUCUCAUCAUUCCAUACCCGCAGAAAUGGAGUUUUGUCCUAACGUUAAUCCCCAAUGCUAUAAGACUAAAGACGAAGAUGUUGUGAUACGAGCAGAAGGAGAAAUCAGAUUGAAAAUAGUGGGUACGAGAGUAGACGCCUCAGGGAUAUUUGCCAUUGGAACCUUAAUGGAUGAUUAUCUGGGAUUAAUAAGUAAUUAAGUUGAAUAUUUUUAAAAUGUAUUUAUAAGUCUAUAAUUUUUAAUAUACAAAAAUCAAACAUUUAUUAAAA